AUUCGUAUGGGAAUAAAUACUUAACCAGUUUCUCUUUUGUUACAGCUGAUUCCAGUUAAGCGAUAUGGCAUUCUCGUUUAGAAACAUAAUUUCGAAUAUUAAUUAUUUCAAAAGACCCGAGGAAUCAUUAGAAACUAGCCAAAAGAAACGCAGAAAUACUUAUCAAGACAAUUGUUCGAAAUACGAAAAUAUAGAAGAUAGCACAUCUCAAAAUUCAAGUUUAAAUUUACCACAAUCAUUUAAAACAUAUGCUGAAAAGAAGGCAUCAUUCUCUGACACAGAUAUUAUAACCAUUACAGACGCACCAAUUCGCCAUAAGCGUCGUAAAUGUAAGAAGUUAAAAGUAGACAUCAAGAAAGCAAGUCAAUCUAUGAAUCAAAUUCAUGAUAAAUCUAAUGUCGAAAACACACCAAUUCAUGCUUUAAUAGAACCCAAAACUUCCGAUACUUUUAGUGAACACUUCCGUGGAUUUGAUUUUAACAAAUCGUUCGAUAUUUAUGAUGAAAUCUCUGACUUUGAGUCAAAUAUUGAUGAAGAUUUUAACAAUGAAUCUUUAUCUGAUCAUUCGACUGAUGCUCCAAAAUAUGAGCUGAAAAUGUGUAAAAAAGCUUCAACAGACAUUCAAUCAACAAGCGACGAGGAGAGACCUGGACCUUCAACAACACCAGAAUCCUUUGCCGAUGUAGAAAUAGACAAAAAUGAAGAAGAAAGACUUAAAUUGUUGUUAAACUAUCAAGUGAGGAUGGAAAAACUGGAGUCUUUCUUAAAUAAAAUGCUUAAUGAAUUUCAGUUCCAUAUCAAGGUAUCAAAAGUCUUUCACACCAGAUCCGUUGUCACAGCACUCCCUGGGACUGAUCUCUCAGACAUUCCUAAGAGUCUCGGGGAAGUUAUAAGCUUAACCAAUUCUAAUCCAGACCUAAACAACCCAACUUCCUCUGCUGCAUGGAAUAUUAUAGUGGAAAAAGAAGAUUUUCAAAUGAAAUCUAAACUUCGCAAACAACUAGUGUCCAUAAAGAACUCUAUAGAACAAUUUAUUAACAGCCAUUUGCAGAACGAGGGCACAAACAAGAAGUAUUUAAUUACCAAAAAAAAGAGUGGACAUCAGAAACAGUCUAAUAUCAGCCAUAAGAAGAAACACAGAUACUUUGAAUACCCUGACUUGCGUGAUGCAAUGCUAAAUCUAUUCUGUAUGGAAGAAGAGCUGCACGAGAAUGAUUCAAAUCUGAGCUUUGAUUCUUGUAAGUGUAUUUGCAAGUGUAGCCAAUCCUCGCCAUCACAGACUGAUUCAGGCUUAACAUCAAAGUCUAAUGAUAAUACAUUGUCAAUUACUUCAUCUAUUGGCAACUUUAGUCUUGAUUCAACAACUUUAACAGCUUAUUCUGAAUCCCUCGAUCAAAUCGUUAGCUACAAUAGCUUCCAUGACACAUCUUUGUAUUCCACAUUGCUACAAAAAGCAGCUAUUGAACGUAUCACAUUCUACAUUCAGGUCCACAGUAUUCAACUGCAAUGUGAAGAAGUGGCACAACAAUUUGAAACAAAGAACUCCAUUUUCUUUCACUGCCCCUCCUGCCGAUGCACAGAAAAAGAUGAAAAUGGACUCAUGAAACAUAUUUUAAGCCAGUUGCACUGUGAAAAGAUACAUUUUGUGUACAAAACUGCAUACAUUAAGAAAUGUGUUUCGUCCGGAAAGGAGAUUCAGCCAAGCACCGUAUUGAAUCCUAUGACAAUGUACCGAGAUGAUAAUAAAAUUGUAUGCUUUGGAGAUGCUGUAUAUGCCUGUUCACUGUGUUUUGAGAAUCUGAUAGUUGGUGAGUCUGUUUUGAUAACCCAUUGUUCCCAGCCGCAACAUGUUGAAAGAAGAAAUUUGUUAAAUAAUAUUAUUGAUUAACAAAAAGUACUUCAAUAAUAUUAUUAUGCAAUUCCAUGCUCAAUAUCCGGUGAUUUACAGAGUUAAUAUAAUAACUUGAAAGUGUGUUUUGAAUAAUAUUCAGAAGAAAAGUUUUGAUUGGUUGCCAUUUGAUCAAAAUAUUUCACCAGGCUGGUAGUACAUAAUAAUAAGGAAAGAAUAUAAUUGUUUUGUCCAUAAUUUUUAAAAAUGAUAUAUAUGUGCCAUUUACUGGCAUAAGAACUACAUACUUAACCAAAACUCUUAAAAAAAUAAGUAAAUUGAUUCUCAAAAACAGAAACUUGAUAACGAUUCCAUAUUUUUUUUAAGUAUUAUACUACCCAGCGUUAUUAUUAAGCACAGUUGCAUUUAUUUCUCGUAUUAGUGCUUAAGUGAUUAUCAUAUUUCAAUUAAUUUAAGUAAUAUUUAAAUGUUAUGCGAAUUAAGUAGUUAAUAUGUUUCACUGCAUGAUAACUGACAUUAAUAUAUACUAUCCUUAUCUCUCUAUGACUUUUCUCUAUCUUUAUCUAUGACUAAUUGACUAAUUGGAUAUUUUUUAUCGAAUCAUCUAUUAUUUUAUUAUAACCAGUUACUUUUUGUAGUGAAAAGUUACUUGGAAAUCUUUUGAAUGGUGCUAACCUUUUUUCAAAAGAUGGCGCGAAUUUAAAAAACCUUGCAGCAAUAGUCAUUCAGCUCUCAAACUAUUUAUAUUCAAUGGUGUUUAUAGUUUGAAAAAUAAAAUAUUGUUGAAACAUUUUUCAGUAAUCUGUAACAAUUUACAAUUGGUGUUAAUUUAAUUGAAGACAUUAAAUUUAAUUUAUAUAAAGCCUCUAAUUAUUCAUAUUAUAUGAAAAAUCAAUUUCAAACUGCCAAUACCAAACUUACCUCUCAAAAUUAGAUAAGUUUAUAUGCAAAUUUGAAAUUUUAAAAAACAGAAUUUGAUAAAAGUUCCUACAUAGAUUCAUUCAUAUUAUAGUAGAAAAUAUUAGUAACCAGCCUAUAAACAGUGGUUCAAUCUUUGUUUAUAGCAAAUGUCACAAGCACUUUUAAUUGAUAUUUUAGUCCAGUAAUUGCGAUAAACAAAUCCCUAUUCCAUUGCCAGUGCAACUUUUUUUGUAAUUAUGUAAUUUUAAUACAUCCUGUACUUAAUAUACAGGAUGAUUUUUUAUUGUUUUAAUGCUCGCAAUUUUAUUUACAGUACAUUAUAAGAACUGUUAAAAAUAUUAAAGCCGCCUUAGCAGAAAUUAUGUGAUUUUUAUAAGUUCAGUAGUUUAGUAGGUAUUUUGAUAUAAUUUUAAAAAUUUGAUAAGAAAGAAAACUGAUUUUUGCCAAAAAAUUGUAUUUUUACAAUAUAACAAUUUUUGUUUAAUAAUUGUUUGAUAUAAUUGAUAUCAAGACUGAUUUUGUAUAUUCAAAUUUCAAACCCACCUUGUGAUAAAUCCAAAAUUGUGCAUAAACUUACAGAUCUCAUAUUCUAUAUAAUGUGUCUAAGUCGCGAAGUCGAAAGAAUUUCGGUCAUCGAACCUAGUGUGAAGGAGAUGUCAUCAUCUGGGCCAAGUACUAUAGCUAGGUGAAUAAUUGGUAUUGAUGUUAUUUUUUAAUAGAAGUGUAAUUUCUUUUUUUCUAUAACUAACAUUUAUGUACAAUAAAGUAUUUCAUUUCAGUGAAAAUUAAUACGAUUUUAAUAUUAACGUUUUUUUCACCUUUACAUGUCAAUUUUACUCUAUGAUUAUCCUUUUUUGACUUCUCUUUCAUCUGGACAGGAAUCGUGUAUAUUCGAAACCUUAGCUUUAAUAAUAAUAAAGAUGUAAACAUUAAUGUAGCUUUGCUGUUUAGAAUUAGAUUUUAUGAUGUAAGAGUGUAUGAUUUAAAAAUAUGAAGAAUAGUAGGAGACACUGUUCAAUUGUGAUAUGUGACAGCGUAUUAUCAAAAUUGUUUUACAAGGCAUUAGUACAGAUUACAGUAUAAGUAUUUAGCAUGCAAAAAUCAUAGUACUACAAAUGACGACACAUUCAAAUUGUACCGUCAGCAAAUAUUGCUGUACCUCCACUCGUUGUUGCAUUAAAAGACGCGAUUUAUAAUUUUACAAUCUUUGUGCUAUACUAAAAAAUUUAUUCAUGCUGUAAGGUAAAAUGUAGGUACUAAUGUAACAAAAUAAUCUCAUCGACAUGACAGAAAUACUGCUAUACUAUCUGUACCAAGUGCGAAUAGUUUUUUUUUUUUGGAAAUACAAAAAUGUUAAAUCGAAUAUGAAAGUUUUUGGCAAAUAUUCGAGGUAAAUGAACAUUUAUGGGCGGGAAAUAACUCCCAUUCAAUAAACUAUGAUUUGCAAUAUAUAUUACGAACUAUCAAAUUGGAUUAUUAACAAUUGACUACCUAUUCAUUAGACUGAAAUAGUGUCUCCUAUUUUAUUCAAAAAUUGCAAUUUUUUAUAGUAAAAUGAAAAACAAAAAAAAAUACGUUUAAGUUCUGUUCGCCGAUAGUUGAUAAAAAUAAAGUAUUGUGCUUGACAACAGCUGAGUACCUCGUACCACAAGCCUCGAAAAGCGACACCUGUUAUACAGUUAGCGAUAACUAAGUGACAGUAAUCAUUAUUUUUAUCAACCGUUGAGUAACAUAUACAUGUUAUAUAUAAGGUUAAAAUUGUGCUAUUUAACAUGUAAGAAUGUAUCCGAAUUUUUACUCAAUUUUGUAUUGGAAACAGUGACUGUGAUGGAAUUACUUCAAAUAGAUGUAAGUCUGUAUUUAACCCCACGAAUAGUAUUAGUAAGUAUCUCACCUGUGUGAGAAAUUUGAAAAAAAAUACAUUUAAAUACCCACCAAAAAAAGUUGGACUAUUUUUUUUUUAUGUUUGGCACAGCGUUAAUAUUGUCAUUUUUCUCUUCACUAAAUUCUGUUACUUUUAUAUAUAAAUCGAAAAUAGCUAUAUACGGCAAUUUUUGUGAAAACACACAGUACUUAAAUAAAAUCACGGAAUAAAAAAAAAUUGAAAGCUUUAAAUCUGUAUCUAGUUAAAAAUUCAUAAUGUAUUUACAAAAUAGUUGAUUUUCUAUUGAACAUGUCUGUGAUCCCAUGAGAACUUAAUUUUUUUUAAUGUGCUGUGAUGUAAUCCGUAAGGUUUUUGGAAAAGUAUAAUAAAAUAAUAGACAGUUUGGAAA